UUUUUCUUUUCCCUUCCUACGCGGGGGCGGGGGCUGUCGUUUUCUUGCGGCACUCUAUCUCCGUUCUUUUGUCUCUUAUCUUUCUUACCCAUAUCAGAAAACCAAUCUUCCCCUGCUUCAUUCCCAUCCCUUUUUAAGACUGCAACCACUGUUGGCACUCCCUAGUUUCUGCACAGAACAGAGAUGAAUUCCGAGGAAAAAACUCUGGUUGAAAUCAUAGAUGAGAAUAAACAGAUUGACCUUGCCAAGUAUAUAAACUAUGUCAGUGCCCCUCAGGCUGGUGCCAUAGCAACAUUUUCAGGCACAACGCGUGACACUUUCGAAGGCAAAACAGUAGUGGAGCUAAGAUAUGAAGCAUAUGUACCGAUGGCAAUUCGAAACCUCAAGUCCAUCUGUUCCUCAGCUAGAUCAUCCUGGGAUCUCCAUUCUAUUGCGGUUGCCCACCGUCUAGGCACAGUUCCAGUCGGAGAAACAAGUGUGUUCAUUGCAGUGUCAGCUACCCAUCGUGCUGAUGCCCUAGAUGCUUGUAAGUUUUUGAUCGAUGAGUUGAAGGCAUCUGUUCCGAUAUGGAAGAAGGAGGUUUAUUCUAAUGGAGAGGUUUGGAAGGAGAAUACAGAAUUCUUGGAGCGGAGGUUAGAACUUGGCAAGGAUGGCAGCUGCUGCAGAAGGAAGAUUGAGACUGAGGCACAUGAUAAAAAGGGAUGUUGCAAACCCAAGGUCAGGGUGGACGAUGCAGCAGAUAUUAGCACCAGCUAAGCUAAUUAUGACAAUGGAGAUCUGCGGUUCACUUUCAUAUCAAAAAGGGAUGUGCACCCUUUUUUUUUGUCCAAUUUUGUCAAAAGCAUUGGAAAAUACAAACUGCAUAUCUUACAGAUUGUUUCAACAAGUAUUGUCCUCCGUUUUCCCUUA